CUCUCUUUUCGCGUAUUUUUUAAAGGAAAAAAUUUAGGAAAAACCCCAAAUUUGCCCUAUGUUUUUCGAUUUUUUUACCUUUCUAAUGCUAAGGUCACUCUCUCACUGAAAUGGAGAAAUGUAGGUAUAAUAGUAGUGCUUGCAAGCCUGCCAAAAGGGAGAGCUGAUAAAGCAUCAUGACACCAAACCCCAGAGUUGUGCAAGCCUUCCGCUCAAUGAAGGAAAUAGGAAUUAGUGAUGAAAAAGUGAAACCAGUUUUGAAGAAGCUUCUAAAGCUGUAUGACAGAAAUUGGGAGCUAAUUGAAUCGGAGAAUUAUAGAAUUCUUGCUGAUGCUAUCUUUGAGGAGGAGGAUAGCAAGGUGUCAGAUCCUAAAAAGGGCAGGACAUGUGACCAGGAGGAGAGUUUUGACGAAGAAGGUUCAAUGACUGAUGAGCUUUUACGCCCCUUAAAAAGAACACGUUUGAAAACCCAAGAAGGGCUGGCCUCUUCUUCUCAUCCAAUUGACAGCUCCAAUGUUGCUGAAACCAUUUUAAAAGAGCUUAAAGUUGAGGAUGAACUAAUUCCUCGUUCUUUGCAACAAAAGUCACUUGAGUCCAAUGUUGUAAAUAUGAGGACAGAAAUCCAGCCUGCUUCACCUCAGCUUCAGCCUCCAUCUCCUGUUCCUGUUCUUUCUGAUCAUAGUGGUAGGGAUAAAGGGAAGCAGAAAGUACAAACUAGGCCUAACUAUAAAGGAAAGGAACCCAUGUCACCUCAUGUGGCUUCAAAGGGGACAGGCCCUGAGAACGUAUCUGUAGCCUUGCGCAUUAAAGAUCCAGCACCAGAGCCUAGUAUUAUUCCUAACAAAAGUGUCACUGCUAAUCAUGCCCUGAUUAUACCCAGGAAAGAAUCAUUUACUGAUGGCAUACCACAGGAUGAGCUUCCUAUUGCAGUUAUUCAACCGGCACUUUUUUUUUUUGUAGAUGCAUUGAUUGGAAGUGAUUUGCCAGUUGGGGAUUUUUCAACUCAAGAAUCAAAUUGGCAGGAACCUCCAGAGUUCUUGCAUGCAGUUGAAAUUGCUGGUGCUUCAGCUUCAGCUUCUGUGAGUGAAAGGCAUACCAGUUGUGAGCUAGCUACUGAUCCUGAUGAAAUUCCGUCUGAACUAGAGAUUGCCUCAUCACCACUGGGAGAGAUGCAGAUUUCUCAGGAAGGUAACGAGAUGCUUGCUCUUGAUGCAUUGAAGAAAUCUCCUGCAAGGGAUGCUUGUGAUGUUGAGAACGUUGAGGGGAAUGGUUGUGUCGUAGCUAGGCUUUUAAAUGGAUCUUUCAAUAAUCACUGCUCUGCAAAUGGAUUUGUGGGCAAUGCUGAGGGGGAGGAAUUAGUGGUUUCUCCACAGCGUCAUCUUACACCUAAAGAACUAAGGUGUCUUCAUGAUGCAAGUGACAUAACCAAGGGAGAAGAAAAUGUUGAAAUUUCAUGGGUAAAUGAAAUUAAUAAAGAGACUCCUCCACCGUUUCAAUAUAUUUCAGAAAACUUGGUAUUUCAAAAUGCCUGUGUUAGCUUUUCUCUUUUUCGGAUUGGAGAUGAAAGAUGUUGUCCUACAUGUCUCGGAGAUUGUCUCUUGUCCCAGAAGCCUUGUGCGUGUGCUUGUCAAGCUGGGGGAAAUUUUGCUUAUACCCCGGCAGGUGUUAUCAAGGAAAACUUCUUGGAAGAGUGCAUCUCUAUGACUCUUGAUCCCAAAAAACAAUGUCUUCUCACUUGUACGAAAUGCCCCCUCGAGAGAUCAAAAAUGGAUGACUUUCCAGAGCCUUGUAAAGGUCACUUGAAGAGAAAAGUCUUAAAAGAGUGUUGGAGCAAAUGUGGGUGCAAUAAGCAGUGCGGCAAUCGGGUGGUGCAGAGAGGUGUAAAAUGCAAAUUACAGGUGUUUUUGACACCUGAUGGAAGGGGUUGGGGCCUAAGAACUCUAGAGAAGCUUCCCAAAGGAUCUUUUGUUUGUGAGUUUGUUGGAGAAAUACUCACCAUCUCUGAGUUGUAUGCAAGGAAUAGAGAGAAACAUACAUCUCCAGUUCUACUGGAUGCUUAUUGGGGGUUGAAGGGAGUUCCUAAGGAUGAAGAAGCCCUCUGUUUGGAUGCCACAUGUUAUGGAAAUGUUGCUAGGUUUAUCAAUCAUAGGUGCUUAGAUGCAAACUUAAUUGAGAUUCCUGUUGAAGUGGAGACUCCAGAUCUUCAUUACUAUCACUUCGCCUUCUUCACAACGAGAGAUGUUAAUCCGCUUGAAGAGCUGACUUGGGAUUAUGGCAUCGACUUUGAUGACCUCGAUCAUCCUGUCAAGACGUUCCAGUGCAGAUGUGGCAGUAAGUUUUGCAGGAACAUGAAACGCUCAACUAGGUCUAAAUUUGCAACGAGAUGAGCUGAUUUUUGGUCAUGGAAACGUUUUGCCGUUUUUGAUUAACAAUAUUUCCCCCCUUCUCUGAUCUACUUUGGGAAAUAUAUAUAAAACCGAGUUUUAUUUAAGUUAAUGGGCUUGUUUUGAAUAGACUGAUUAAGGUCAUUAGUUCACGAUCCAAUCGGUUCUGAUUUGAUUUGAAUAACACUAUAAUAUCCAAUUUGGAUUAGUUGAUUAAUUGGCUGGUUGAACCCC